GCCAGCCAACUUCAACUCCUGAUCAACACGCGGUUUGCGCAUGUUCGCCGUGAAGGGCUUCCUCGUACGUGCGCUAGCCACGGUGUGCCAUUUGCCACGUCUUCAUCCGCAGACGAGCCAAGUCCGCGUCAUCCUCCACCCUCUGACCGUGGUCGUCGUCCCAAGCGCUCGCUUCACGUCAGAGCUCGUGCAAUGAACCGCAUCUAAUGUUCGUUUCCCUCUUUGAAGGCGUCAUCCUCAGUCGUCACCGAUAACACGCUCGAUGAGAUAGCCCUCAUCCAAUCCUCGUUCCCAAGACCGCACGCGGAACAUAUCUACGACGGCACCGGCUCCGAAAAGAUAGACGGUGCAACACAGCGGGAGACAAUCACACUCCUCUGCUUCUCGGCCAGCAGUGACAGAGUUCAAUGAACACGAUUUGGGGCCUCCUCGAUUGGAUUUGGCCCUCGAGUCCGAUACAAUUGCGCGAAGACCGGCAGCUCAGUCUGGCGACCUCGCUCAGGGAGUACGCCCCCCUGCGUCCCGCGCAGCUCGUGCGCGCGCCGAGCACGCCGUCGCGCGCCCGAUCGCAGUCCAGCACCGCGCCUAACGGCACCCCGUCCCGCACAAGGACCUAUAGCAUCAAGGACCGACACGACGCUUCGGUAUCCAGGACAAGUCAUCGAGAACGACGCGAAUCAUAUUCGUCCUUCUCUUCCUGGGAUCAGCUCGAAAGAGGUGAAGUUGACCACGAACGGGAGCGAGAAAGGAGGCUGGUCGAGAACAUUAAGAGGCAUAAUGCUGCGUUGCUCGAGAGGGUGUCCAGCUUAGAGCACGACCUAAGCGCAUCGCGCAGUCAACUCGCCUCCACCCAGAACGACCUCUCCAACAUCUCCUCCACGCUCACCCUGUCCCAGUCCCGCGCAACCGCGUUGGAACAAGCCCUCGUCGAUGCGCAUACAUCCCUCCACUCGCUUCAAUCCGAGCUGCUCCACCUGCGCACUGAAAACGCCGCCCUCCUCUCCUCGCACUCUUCUACCACCACCGCGCUCGAAGCUACCACGUCGGAACUUGCGACGCUCAAGUCUUUCCUCGAUAAAACAGAUGCGUGGACGGGCGCGCAGGUCGUGCAGGCCGUGAAGGACCUCAAUAACGAGAUCGUCCAGCUCGGUGCGGCCGUUUCCGACGAGUUCGCGGGUACACUGGACCGGAAGCGCCAACUGUGGCGCGCAGGAGAUCGUGAUCUCGUUAGCGCCAGCCUAGGCAAGACGAUGGCGGAGCUGUUGCUCACCCGGGACCACAAAGCGGACCCGAUGCUCGUCGGACUCGCGCUCCAGGCGUGGGAGGUGCAUUGCUGCGCGCAGGUCUUCAGUGCGUUUUGCUUUGGUCUGCCGGGCGACGUGGACCAGUUCCUGCACAACCUGUUCGCGCAUAUGCUCAAGUCCGAAUCGCAGGCGGCGGCCUGCAGAUGGCGGUCGCUCACGCACGCAUACACGCACUCGCUCCUCACGUCCUCGUCCGCGUCACCCAACCACUCUCCGCGGCAUGGCCACUCGCGAGCCUCGCUUCUCGACCCCGAAACCAUCAUCACAGUCCACAUUCGGGGUAUCCUCGCCAUCCUGGCCCUCGCAGGCUGCUCCGCCGCCCCUCCCACCCCGUCCACGUCCACCCAUACCCUGCCCUCCUCAUCUUCAUCUUCAACUUCCAACCCAGCCCCCUUGUCCUUACCCUCAAGCCAGCAUCCCUCUCUCGACCGCGAUUACCUCCGCGCACGCUUCGGCGGGCAGCUCAAGCAGAUAGUCACGCGCGCGUCGACGAUCGCGACCGCGCUCCGGGAGGGCAUCAUGAGCGGGACUUUCGACGUCGUGCGCGUCGCGAAGGAGGGCGCGCGCUUCGACCCGCGCGCGAUGGCGGACGUGUUCGCGCCGCCGCCCGAGAUGAGCCGACCGUCGUCGCCGAUCAAGGAGUCUCCUCCCGCUCUUACUCCGGCUUCGGUCGAGGAGGACGGCAGGGUGCUAUGCGGCGUCGAGUUUGGGCUCGUGUGCGUCAGUCGGAGGGCGAGCCCAAGGUCAUCGCCGAGGGCGGGCAGCUUGGCUAUCGACGGAGAGGCGCGCGAGAAUGAGCAUGCUGGUGCGCAUCUCAGAGUGGACCCGGAUAAAGCCGCGCCGAUUCACGAGCGGAGCGUGCUGCUCAAGCCGAAGGUGCUCUUGCAGAGCGUGACGGACAUUCUGGACGCAUCAGAGGGCUAGGCUCGACGCUCGUCAAGCGAGGUCGAGACGGAUCGAUCGUUCGCGGGCAGGAGAUCGCCCUGGACGGGCCAAGGACGACAGCGCGGCCAAGAACCAAACACCCGGAUCUCGUUUAGCGUGUCGUCCUCGUCCCGAAACUACUCAAAAGGAGCAUAGAUUGUGUACUGCGCCGCUGCAUCGAAUGUCGACCUCCUCCUGCACAAGAGGAAUCGCACCACGCGUAUUCACGACCACGUUUACGAUAACGAUUAUUCUCUUGGUCUUUUUGCUGCACAUACUCUUCCGCCUUCGAAUGCACACGUACUCGAC